GCAGUACUCAAUUAUCCCAACCAUGCCACUCACCGCUUCCCAACAACAGGCGUUAUCCCAGCUAUGGGCAGUCACGUCCUCCGCAACGGACGCAGCGAGAGAGCGCGAUGAACGAUUAUUGAGGGAGAACGGGUGGGAUGUCCAGACCACCGUCGAGCAAAUAUUUAGUAUGGCAGAUGAUGCCAAUUUGUCUUCUCCUGGAGAUGCUGGGCCUUCAACCUCUCGGAAUCGACUUGGCGCCCAUGACCCUGAUCAGGACCCGCUUUUACCGCCCAUUCCUCCGGGUGCCCGUAGAUUGUCUGGUACAGGCGCUCGAAGGCCAAGACCCAAACCGCGAGCUGCGCCGGGCACGACUGGAAUAGGAAUUGGAAUUUGGGAUAUCAUCGUUUGGCCUGUGGGGAUGUUGUUCUCGAUAGUAGGCGGAGUAUGGUACUUUAUCGUACGAACGUUCGUUCCACUCUCUUUCCUUCCUCAUAUACCCUCUUUCCUCCUCCCUCCUUCACCUUCACCUCCUUCCAUCCCACGUCCACCUCAGGACCCCACCACAGCACACCUCGCCUUCCUCCAGUCUCUCUCUUCCCUCACCGGCCUCCCACCAUCUGAGCUUCCUGAAAUUUAUGUCGGUCCUUACAGGGAGUUCCUUACGCACAUCAGGAAGGAGCUUCUCGUGGGCCUUAUUGUGCUGGUGAGCGAGGAACAUGAAGAUGAUGAAUCGUUCAAGAAAGGAUCGUUGGCCGACAAAGAUGUUGUACAAGCGUUGAGGUCUGAGGGAGUUAUUGUUUGGGCGGCAGAUAUCUCUUCUCGGGAAGGCUAUCAGGCGUCACAAACUCUCCUGGCCACUACUUAUCCCUCCCUCACAUUCCUCUCCCUCCUCCCUUCCACAUCAUCCUUACCCACUACCUCUUCCUCACCCAAACUCACUCUCCUCAACACCCUCUCCGGGCCCCCAUCCACCAUCACCUCCCCAACGUCCAUCAUCACGACCCUUCAGACUGCCGUCCUCCCCCGUGCUCGUCCAUUCCUCAAUCGGCUUAAAUCCGAACGACUUGCGGUCGAAGAAGCACGCUAUGUACGGGCUGAACAAGAUCGUGCGUUUAGAGCUUCCGAGGCGAAGGAUCGGGAGCGGAUGAGGGUGGCAAAACAAAAGGAAGAAGCUGAGCGGAUCAAAAAAGAAAGGGAGGAGAAGGAGAGGCGGGAGAAAGAGGCGAUCAAGGAGAAGAGGAAAGUAUGGAGGAGAUACGCGAGAAAGCAUCUGCUUUCGCCUUCCAACGGCCCCAUACGCGUUGCUUUGAGGACGCCCCUUUCGUCAGCAAGGCAUUUACAUCACUUUACACCCUCCUCAUCUACCUUGCCGCUGUAUAUCUUUGCAGAGACUUUGCUCAUCCCAGCGUCAGCCAAGAAAGAAGACGAUCCCGAUACCCCGCCAGAAGGGUACGACCCCCUUGCGUACUUGUCAAGUUCAAGCUCCGACACCAAUGCCAAUGGCACUCGUAUUUCAGAUAUCAUAGGGGAAGAAGAAGUCGGUGAUUGGCCAUUCACGCUCGUCACAGCAUACCCCCGCCAAACGAUCCCUUGUGUCCUUGCAGAAGGAGAAAAAGUAUGGGAGACUGUACAGAAAGCUGGAGGAGCAAUGUUCCUUGAGAAACGGGAGGGAUAUACUUUUGGAUUGAGUGAAGAGGAAGAAGAGGGGGAGAGUGAGGAAGAGAUUGUUAGUGAUAGUGAUUAGUCAUGAUCAUGCUAAGGUCUGCUUCAGCUGGGAGGUUAAUAAGCGGAGGAACAGGAAAGGGACAGGCGGCUUGAGUCAUCUCAGUUCAUCAUGACGAGUCAGUUG